AUGAUCCUAGAUUGUUACGAAGGGAUUAUUCAAAAGAAAUGGCUGAAGAAAACUCGAAACAAACGACGACGGAUUUUACUGCAGGCAUGGCCAGAAAUGAGUGCGCAGCAUGCGCCAGACCUUCAACCAGAGCUCCAGGAUAAUUACCCCGAGCCAAGUAAGGAAGCGUAUAAAUGGCCUGAUAUCAAUUUGGAAGAUUUGACGACACCGAAACUCUUCCUCAUCCUCCUCAAUGCCCGAGGUCGCAAUCCGCCCUCGCUUUUUGUGGGCUCCGAUAACGACUCCUACGAAGUGGGAUAUUUGAAUGGUAAAAUCUCCUUGAUUUCCCUAGAAAAACAUACGAUGAUGUCCACCGGCCGCGACAAUGCUAAGGAAUAUGGUAAUAUCUUUGAAUGGAAGAAUCACCGGGAGGCACAUCACUGGUUUAUCUCUGGACGCGGUUUAUCCCCCGGUGAGGGCUCUGCGUGA